AUGUAUCAAGGAAUAGAUGCAGUGGGAGUGGAUAUUCAGCCAAUCGAGAAUUACAAUGAGUGGCGUAUGAUCUACUUCAUAUCGUUUCUAUUGCUUGUCGGAUUCUUCGUACUGAAUAUGUUCGUCGGAGUUGUAGUCGAGAACUUUCACAAAUGUAAGGAGGCCCUAGAAAAGGAAAUGCGUGAGAAAGCCCGAGAGAAGCGGCUACAGCGAAAGCUGAAACGUCAGAAGUACGAAGAGAGUGUAGCAGGAAGGAAGAAGAAAGGUGUGCUUCAUUGUUCUGAUCUCUUGAAUGAUUUCAUUUCAAAAAUAUUUAACAAAGGACAGCUGUCGUGGAUGGGAAUAAACGAGUUUCCCCUA